AUGAGCCUGAAGAUUAAAGGAUUUAGAGAAGCAUACAGCUGUUAUGGUCGAGUGAGUUCGUUAAAUGGAGAACCUGAACCUGGCGUUGUGGUAGAAGCGAUCAGUGUAUCUGGUGAUGUCAAAUAUCAGGAAGAGAGCAAAACAGAACAGGAUGGCACUUAUAGAAUCAGAGGGCUACAGCCUUCUGUCACCUAUCAGAUUCAACUUAAAAAGGUAGAGAACAGUCACCUGGAAAGGUCAGCUCCAAAAUUCCGUUUGUUGAAGGUGGAAAAUACUGACUUGACAAAUGUGAAUAUCAUUGCUUUCCGUCGGAUGAACCAGAUGGAUGUCAGUGGAAAUGUGAUAACACCUCCUGAUAUUCUUCCUACUCUAAAGGUUGUUCUGUAUAAAGAAGACAGUCCAGAUUCUCCAACUCACAGCAUUUCACUAGGAACCACAAGUUUUUUUUAUUUGCCAUCUCUACCAACUGAUGACCAAGAGUUCAACCUUCGAUUGGAAAGUUCCCUCUCGUAUUCAAAGUAUGACUACAUCUUGCCUGAAUAUAGUUUUGUGGCCAACACAGCUUACAAACAUGUCACUUUUAAAUUUGAACCAAAGAGACUGGUUGAUCAAGACUUUAAUCAAAGUUCCUUCCUGUCUUUACCACUGGCUCUUUUAGUUCUUGGAGCAGCAUAUACAGUUUAUAAAUACAGAAACAAUUAUGGAAAGCGCCGCAUGGUGGAUCAAGAUCUGCUAUCGUUCCUGAUGCUGCCUUUCGCCAUGUUAGUGACGGGAUAUAAAUACAUAUCGAAUAUAUUCCGAAACAAUUAUGGCAAGAUUGUUCCCUUAAAUACCCGGGAUGUGUUUUCACAGCCUGCCUCAGACAGUAGCAACCAGUCCAUUGCAGAAUCUUUGUUACCUGAUACUGGUUCUGGCAAAAGGAAAAUUAAAGUGCGAAAGACUUAA